CUCCUGUUUCUUAUUCCACCACCGUCUGUCGCUCCUGUUCCCUUUCCUCCCUAUAACAAAGUAAAAAAGUUACAUCAACAGGUAACAAACAACACAAACUCUGCUCCUCCUGCAUUCUUCCUUUGCAUCCUCUUUCUUCUUCUGCAGCAGCAUGCCUAGACCCAAAUCAAAUGUACCACUUACCUCAUUUCCCUGUGCUUACUUCCAGUAAUUAUUGUCUCCAUCGGCCUUUCUGCUACUUGAGAUCUCAUCCAUCCAUCCAUUCACAAGAAAAGGAAGGUAAUUAACAACUAAUCUCAAUCUUUCUUACCGACACCGGUAGCAGUUCUCACUUCACGGCACUACUGUAAUGUUACCUCCCUUCAUCUUUUUUUGUCUUUUUCCUCCGGUCCAGCAGCCUCUUUAAAUUUGGCCGCUGCAGAACCCAACAGCAUCGCCUCCCCGCAUGAUUAGAGAGUCUAAUCAGUCUCACAUAUGUCCAAACCACACUUGCUCUUCAUACACAUUAUAAAUUAGUGGGGGGAAUUAACAAAUAAUAGGCGGGAUUUGGUGGGUUCUUUCUUUUACGUCAACAUUCAAAUCAAGUACUUAACAAGACAAUUAAUUAAUUAAUCACUUCCCUCCCUCUCUCCCUCCCCUCUUUCUGCCCUAAUCUCCCUAUCUUGCCAAUUCCUUCAUCAUCCAUGUUAAUUAGGGUUCAUUAGUUCCUAGCCUCAUCCCUAAUCAAGAGCUGCAACCCAGAUCCAGACAACCGUUGCAGAUCCGGGUCCUGACCCGCUUCUCUCUCUCUCUCCCUCCCUCAUUUUGUUCAAAACCAUGAGAGAGAGGGGCGAGGGAAUCGGAGACCCACCCGCCCACACUGCGGAAGCAGCUCCCCCAAGAUCAAGAAGAGAUCCAACGGCCGGCCCGACCCGGUCCGAUCCGGAACCAUCAGCCGCACCCAAUUACAACGAGGAGGAGGAGCAAUACUCCAGAUCCGGAUCCCCACCCGCUGCUCCAAUGCCAGCUGUGAGAUACAGGGAAUGUAUGCGGAACCACGCCGCCUCCUCCGGCAGGCACGUGGUCGACGGAUGCGGCGAGUUCAUGCCCGCCGGCGAAGAAGGAACUCCGGCCGCCUUCCGAUGCGCCGCCUGCGACUGCCACCGCAGCUUCCACCGCCAGGAGAUCGACGGGAAUCACCCAGCAGCUCCACUCCCUCCUCCUCCGCCGCUAGCACUCCCUCAUCCGCCGCUGCCGCGCUACAGAGGGAGCACCAGCAGCAGGGACUUCCCUCUGCCUCCUCCUCCUCCGCUCCCUCCAGCGACUCACAAUCACAACCCGCCGGCCGUGAUGGUGAGCUUCGGCGACGGGUCGUCGAGCGAUGACGUGGAUGCGUUGGGGCCGAGCAACGAAGGGGUGCAGCAGUCGGCUACGGCGUCGUAUUCGAGGAAGAGGUUCAGGACGAGGUUCACGCAGGAGCAGAAGGAGAGGAUGGCGGAAUUCGCGGAGAGGAUCGGGUGGAGGAUUCAGAGGCAGGACGAGCCGGGAGUGCAGCAGUUUUGCUCCGAGAUUGGGGUGGAGAGGAAAGUGUUCAAGGUGUGGAUGCACAACAACAAGCAGCAGCGGAGGCAAAGUUAGGUUAAUUUUGUAUAGUGCAAGUGGUGUUAUUUUUUCGGGCCGGUGACGGAAUGCUGGAUAUGUGAUUUUGUUACCGUUGUCGGUAAACUAACUAUUUGAAGUUCAUACGACGACGGUAAAUCUAAUAGCAUUUUUAGCCUUUGGGUUAGUGGUUACCGUUGUACUGUUUCUUUGAAUGUGGGAGAUACAGGCAACAUCAAGGGAACAGUGAAAUAAUUAUAUCGGAACCCU